CCGCUCCAGCAUGCACGGAGGAUGCUCGCGUCUUGCUCGGGCAGGAAGGGGCCGGAGGGCAGGUACCCGCUGCACUACCUCGUCUGGCACAACCGCGCCCGUGACCUGGACCGAGAGCUCAGCGCCAAGCAGGCCGACAUCGAGCAGCUGGACCCCCGAGGACGCACCCCACUGCAUCUGGCCACCACACUGGGCCACCUCGAGUGUGCCAGGGUGCUGCUGAAGCAUGGAGCCGACGUGGGCAAGGAGAACCGCAGUGGAUGGACAGUCCUGCAGGAGGCCGUGAGCACCCGUGACCUGGAGCUGGUGCAGCUGGUCCUGCGCUACCGCGACUACCAGAGAGCCAUCAAGCGCCUGGCCGGGAUCCCCGUCCUGCUGGAGAAGCUGCGCAAGGCCCAGGACUUCUACGUGGAGAUGAAGUGGGAGUUCACCAGCUGGGUGCCACUGGUGUCCAAGAUCUGCCCCAGUGACACCUACAAGGUGUGGAAGAGCGGCCAGAACCUGCGGGUGGACACCACGCUGCUGGGCUUCGACCAUAUGACCUGGCAGCGGGGCAACCGCAGCUUUGUCUUCCGAGGACAAGACACCAGCGCGGUGGUGAUGGAGAUUGACCACGACCGGCGGGUGGUCUACUCGGAGACGCUGGCCCUGGCCGGCCAUGACCAGGAGGUGCUGCUGGCUGCUGUGCAGCCCACGGAGGAGCAGGUGAUGGGGCGGCUGACGGCCCCCGUUGUCACCACCCAGCUCGACACCAAGAACAUCGCCUUUGAGAGGAACAAGUCCGGGAUCCUGGGCUGGAGGAGCGAGAAGACAGAAAUGGUGAAUGGGUACGAGGCCAAGGUCUAUGGCGCAUCCAACGUGGAGCUGAUCACGCGGACGCGGACUGAGCACCUCUCGGACCAGCACAAGGGCAAAAGCAAAGGCUGUAAGACCCCCCUGCAAUCCUUCCUGGGCAUCGCUGAGCAGCAUGUGGGGCCCAACAACGGGACACUGAUCACGCAGACGCUGAGCCAUGCCAACCCCACCGCCAUCACCCCUGAGGAAUAUUUCAACCCCAACUUCGAGCUGGGCAACCGGGACAUGGGACGGCCCAUGGAGCUCACCACCAAGACACAGAAGUUCAAGGCGAAGCUGUGGCUGUGCGAGGACCACCCGCUGUCCCUCUGCGAGCAGGUUGCCCCCAUCAUCGACCUCAUGGCAAUAAGCAACGCGCUCUUCGCCAAACUGCGCGACUUCAUCACCCUGCGCCUCCCGCCCGGCUUCCCCGUCAAGAUCGAAAUCCCCAUCUUCCAUAUCCUCAACGCCCGCAUCACCUUCGGCAACCUCAACGGGUGUGACGAGCCCGUCAGUUCCCUGCGGCACAGCCCCAGCAGCGAGGCGCCCUCACCCAGCAGUGACUCCUCCAGCGUCAGCAGCUCCAGCUCCCUCACCUCGUGCCGAGCGUGCGAGAUGGACCCGGCGCUGUUCGAGGUGCCGCGGGGGUACAGCGUGGUGGGCACCCACCAGGAUGCCCUGAGGGAGGAUGAGGAUGACCUGCUGCAGUUUGCCAUCCAGCAGAGCCUGCUGGAAGCUGGCAGCGAGUACGACCAGGUGACCAUUUGGGAAGCACUGACCAACAGCAAGCCGGGCACCCACCCCAUGUCGCACGAAGGCCGCCGGGGAGACAGGUUGGUAAGGUCCGGCCAGUCCCCCUGGGGGAGGGGAGUGGGCACCAGCUCCACAGGGACCCCCGCUGAGCUCCUGCUGCCCCCCAGGACUCCCCAGCACACGGCGGCCCCCCGGGCCCCCAUCACCCCGUCCCCGGGGGGGGGCAGGGGGCCCAGCGCCCUGUUCCCCAGCUACGCAGAGCAGCUGCGUCUGGCCAUGGCCCUGUCGGCGCGGGAGCAGGAGGAAGCGGAGCGCCGGACGCGCCAGGAGGAAGAGGAUCUGCAACGGAUCCUUCAGCUCUCGCUGACGGAGAAGUGACCCCGCGCCCCCGCUGAGCCCCUCACCCAUCCCAGUGGGGAUGGGGACACGGUCAAUACCGUGUCUGGGGCCACAGAGGGGGAGCGGGUUGGGGGGAGCCAGUCCAAGAACUGCAGAGGGCAAAGGGGGAGACGGGGCAGGAUUUGGCCCUGGUAUGGGGGAGAAUGUCGCCAGAGCUGGGGCAGCACUGGGUGGGGUGGGGGCACCCCACAGCAGGACAGGUUGGGGGUGGGUGUCAACCCCGGACCUGGGGUGGCAGGAACCAGGGAGGGCAACUGCACAGACUGUAUCCCCUCCCCAGGACAGCCCUGGCCCCCCACAACUGCCCUGUGGGGUGCUGUUUAGCACCUCACCCCAGGAAGGUGGUGGGGGCCACAGCCCGCCCCAGAUGGGUGGGGCUGCCAGUUGCGUGGGGUUCCGGGGUGCCCCCAGAGCCGGGGGGGCUCUGCCCAGUCCCCUCUUCCGCCCCUUGCCCAGGCGCUACCAAGUGCACUUACCCGGGAGCUGCUCUGCCUGCCAGGGGGAGGGGGGGGCUCAGCCCCAUUGCACCCCAUAGCCAGUGUGGGGCUGCACAGCCACCCUCCACCACAGUGCGGGGGAUCUGCUGGGGCAGCUGAGGGGGUGCCUGUGAGAGGCCGCCCGGUGUCACCCCCCUUACCCCCUGCUCACACCCCUCCACCCUGCUCAGAUGCCCCCCCUUGGCAGCGCUGCACCCCCUCGUCCUGGGCACUGACCCCGAGAGAAACCUUACGUCAAAUGGUGCUAACCCCGGCCCCCCGCCCCGGCUGCUCCCCCUUUGCACACGGGGGGCCGGGGGCUGCGGGGUGGGGGGCUGGGCUCGCUCCCCUGGGACUUUUCAUAGCCGGCGCCCCCCACCCACCCACGCACCCCACAGCAACAUCUGGGCCAGGGCCGGGGGAGCCCGAGCAGCUCCGACCGCAGCCAACACCAAUAAAUGCUCUUUAAUGUU